AUGGCCUCAUCGCAAGGAACAUCGCCUCAAAGGCCGUGGGCAGAUGGCCCACUCAAAAUGGUACAAACACCAAUGUACACAACUAAAGCAGACGAUACGUUCACUAAGGGUGCAUCUCACAUGGCAUUAAUACAUAAUUCCGUUCUGAGAGGGUACAAUUCAAUAUAUCUGCAAGCGCCCCACGUGAAGCCCGAGGACUAUGCCGAUUUCAUCGGGUACUGUCUCGCGUGGUUUAAGCUGGUGAAGUCGCACCACGAUGAUGAAGAGGCGAAUCUGUUUCCGGGGAUCGUCGAGAUGCUCGGAAAGGAAGAUAAGGAGGUUUGGGGAGACACACAUCACGAACAUGAGGCAAUGCUUCCCGGUUUGGUCGCCUUCAACGAAUAUCUCACCACUCUUUCCUCGCCAUCAGACUUCUCAUCAGCCAAACUCCUCGAAAUCAUGAAGACUUUCGAAGCACCACUGGACCACCAUUUCCACUCCGAGAUCUCCACCAUCGCCAGUCUCUCCCGCAUGGGCUCCUUUCCAAAUGCAACCGCGGUCUUCAAGACAUGGGGCAGGCAGACCCUUACCAAGGCAGGCUACGCAGAAGUGUUCGCAUUCGUGUUCCUCAACUUCGACAGGACGUACGAGGAGAGGCUUUGGGAAAGCUGGCCUCCGAUGCCGUAUCCGAUUCGCUGGGCGCUGAUCAGAUAUAGCGCGUGGUGGCAUCAGGGAUGGUGGAGGUUCGCCAGCUGCGACAUCGAUGGGUACCCUAAGGAUCUGUAUGCGUUGGGCGAUGCGGGUGAGGCCCAGGCAAGGAUUUAG